GUUUGCACUCCGUCUGUCUGCCAGUCAGUCCAGUAAAUCAGUUUCCGCACUUUUUCGCUGUUCUUGCAGAUAUUCAUUUGAUAUUUGGUACAUUGCUUUUCCAUAACAAGUUACAUAUUAAUUUUGAUAUUUUUCCAACUUUCCUAUCCUGGUUUCAUAAUUUCCCCCUUUACCAUUAUCUACAUAAUGAACUUCGAAUAUUGUUGCGGUCCAAUAAUUUUUGCAACCGGUAGGGGACUAUGUAUCGCUGUGCAAUACUCUCAGAAUAUUUGUUAUAACUGCAUAUCAACCUGCCAUUAUGAUAAUUUUAGGGAAGGUGAGGCAUGCAACCAUAUAUCUGCUACGUUAUAUGCACUCGUAGAUAUUACGGAGAAGAAAGUUGAUGGACUUAAUUCAGCAACGUCAGCAGAGUGUAAAUGGGUUCAACCAAGUAAAAGGAAACUGAGUCCCAAAAAAGCAGAAGAUUUGUCUUUUAACAAAUAUGACUUCAAAAAGAACAAAGACUUUGGGCACCACAAAUCUGCAAAAAAAGACACAAGUAGAUCAGGUUCUAAACUACUUGACAUUGAUAAGAUACAAUUUGCUGAAAAAUUGCGUCGAUGCAAUCCAAAUGCGGCAUUUCUGCAAACAAUCCCUAUUCAGGAAGACAUGCAUAGCUCGUCAUUACCCAACCUACAAAAUGUUCCUUUUCAAUAUCGUGAUUCUGUGAAACUAGAUUCCCAUCUCUGUCAGGAAAAAUUUGAGGAGUAUUUUCAACAAAUGUCAAUUUCAGAAAAUGAUGUAAAAACUAUCCAACAGUUAACAAAAGGGCAAAGAAAAAGCAAGCACUGGAUUGAAGCACGAAUUGGUAGGGUAACAAGUUCCAACUUUGGACAAAUUUGCAAAAUGAGGGAAACAACUGGUUCAGAAAAUGUAGUGAAAUCCAUCAUGAAUUACAAUUCUUUCAAAUCAGAUGCCACCCACUGGGGAAAUACUCACGAGGCUGCAGCAAGACGCAUGUAUUUAUAUCGCGCCAAAAAACACCAUCCUUCACUGCAUGUAGAAGAAUGUGGUCUCCUUACUAAUCCAAGUUACCCUUAUCUUGGUACCAGCCCAGAUGGACUUCUCCAUUGUCCACAUUGCAAAGAAUCUUGUGGAACUCUUGAAAUAAAAUGCCCCUACAAAUAUAGAACUCUAUCACCAUCAGAAGCUGCAUCACAGAAAGAUUUCUUCUGUGAAUUGUUGGAUGGUAAAGUAACUCUAAAAAGAAAUCACAAUUAUUACUACCAAAUUCAGGGCCAGUUAGCUAUAUCUGGUAGAAAAUGGUGUGAUUUUGUUGUUUGGACUUUAAUUGACCACUCAGUUGAAAGAAUUUAUUAUCAUGAUCUAUUCUGGAAUGAAGUAGUUAUCAAAUUGGAGAAAUUCUACAAAUAUGCAGUAAUUCCAGAGCUGUUCUCAUCUCGAGUUCGAAGAUCAAAAUGUCUGUUUAAUAAAGACUGACUGAAUGCAAAUUAAAAAGAAGCACAAACAUAUUUUCAAUUUCAUUAUUUUACAUAAUUAUUUGAUCCCCACUUGUUGUUGCAAAUGAAAUAAAUACAACAAAACAAUGUUUGUUU